CCUCAGCCGUUGGUGGAGGGGAAAACGCACGAGUGAGAGAGACGGGUGGUGUUCAAGGGGAAAAAACCAAGCAAUAGUCAGUGCCUCUCGGGGCCCCGCGUCGUCAACAUCGUCGGGGUUGCUCAAUACAAGACAUAUGACUACUUCGGUGGUUCUCCUGUGACACCGGCGAUCGAUAGGUAUCGAACAGGAUCGACCUAAACGGAUUAAAACCAACGGUUGACCAUUCGCCGGUUUGAAAUUAAAAAAAUUGUUGUUGUGGCUCUUGAAGUGGAAAAUCAUGUGGAGGUGAACAAGGGGAUUCGAUGGAUUAUGGCCGCCCGGGGUUGACAGCUCGACCGCGAAAUCGAUAAAUUUAUCGAUCCAAGGAUGAUGAUUUCACUCAACGAUGAUUUUAUCGAGCGCGAGCUUGACGCAUUGCGAUAACGAACGACACAUCGAACGAGGUUCGAUUUAAAAAUCUGUACAGAUAUUUAGCGGUGAAAUUUUGGGAGUUAAAUGGAAAAAUGAAAGAGAAACUUGAGGUUUCAUUUCAAGUUAAUGUGAAGUGAUAUUUAACACUGAGGAUUCAAAUACUUGGACGAUAAGACGUAACAAGGAUCGACGCUCGGCGUCGUUGCAGCGACCCAAAAUAGGGGGCUCCAGCGUAAUGCAGAGAACGGGUCCGAUCGGAGGGCCCGGACACAUUGGCCUUCAGGGCCCACCCAGAAGUGUCAAAAUAUCACCGAUUAAGGUGCAGGAUGAACCUGUUGACCCUAUUUCACAAAAAGUGAAAAAUUCGUUGUGCGUUGGCUGCGGCGGCUGGAUUCACGAUCAAUGGAUUUUAAGGGUAGCGCCAGAUCUUGAGUGGCACGCAGCGUGUCUCAAGUGCGCUGAGUGCCAACAAUUUUUGGACGAACGGUGUACGUGCUUCGUUAGAGACGGAAAAACCUACUGUAAACGUGAUUAUACGAGAUUAUUCGGAACCAAAUGUGACAAAUGCAGUCAGUCGUUCAAUAAGAACGACCUAGUGAUGCGCGCGAAAACGAAAAUAUAUCACAAAGAGUGCUUCAGGUGUUCGGCGUGUAUGCGAAAAUUAGAAACAGGAGAUCAAUUUGCUCUGCGACAUGACGGUCUCUUCUGCCGGCACGAUCACGACAUCCUGGAGAGUGGAAAAUUUUGUACAGGAGCUGUUGAUAGCGCUGGCAACGAGAACAACAAUAACGCGACACUCACGAACAAUAAUCAUCACCUAGGAGCUAACGAUGCGUCGCUCUCCGAUUCCGGAUCGGAGAGUGGAUCGCACAAGACAGUGGGUCCACGGGGCUCGAGCGGCCACAAGGGUGGUGGUGGCUCUGAUGGCAAGCCAACCAGGGUGAGAACAGUCUUGAACGAGAAGCAGUUGCACACAUUGAGGACGUGCUACGCUGCUAAUCCAAGACCCGAUGCACUGAUGAAGGAACAACUAGUGGAGAUGACCAGUCUCAGUCCACGAGUGAUAAGAGUCUGGUUCCAAAACAAGCGAUGCAAAGACAAGAAAAAGACAAUUGCAAUGAAACAGCAGAUGCAGCAGGAAAAGUACUCUGGCUUUCAGGACGGCAGAAAGCUGGGCUUCGGUGGUAUGCAUGGUAUUCCAAUGGUUGCCAGCAGUCCUGUGAGGCAUGAGAGCCCCAUUGGUAUGACUCCACUCGAGGUACAAGCCUAUCAGCCACCAUGGAAAGCCCUCUCUGAUUUUGCAUUGCACACGGAUCUGGAAAGAAUGGACCCCAAUGCCCCAUCGUUCCAUCAUCUGGUGUCACAGAUGCAUGGUUACGACAUCCACGGGGGUCCACCGCCUCAGUUACCUCAACCUGGAAUGCUGGGUGGUCCGAUGAAUGAUGGAGUGGGUGGCGGGCCACUACCACCACCUGGCCCACAUCAUCCUGUCGGCGGGCCCGACAUGGGCCAACAUCCCGACAGUACAGACAGCUACGUUACCUAUCUGGAGAGUGACAGUGAUUCGUUGCAUCACGACACCGGGAGUCCCUAGUUUAAUCCUUUAAAUCUACGAUGUAUAUAGUAGACACUUCGAACCGAGUAAUUUAUCAUUUAAACGACACAUUAAUGAAUCAAAAAUUGACUAUGGCUGAUUUUGCAGUUACGAUUACAAUGAAAAUUAUCAUUUUCAUGGGGGUCGAUGGGAUAUCGCAAAAUUGUAAUAUGUAAAUUGAUGGUGGGAUGUAUUCGAAAUGUGAAAGCCCGAGAAGACCGAUAUAAAAAGGAGAUUCGAGAGUAACAAAAAAAAAAGUAGAUACGAUAAUUGCCUGAAUGGUAAAUGACGUUGUAAUAUAAUUAAUGCUACAAGCAAUCGUUAAUGAGUGCAACAUGAAUCAAGUGAACUUGAGAGCCGAAAGAAGACAACUAUUCUCCUUUUUUCAUUCAAUACCAAAGUAUAAUGCAGAAGUUGCAAAAUAAAUUGAUGCGAGGGAGCAAAGGACAAUGAGAUAUGAUUUUUCCUUGUAAAUAUAGUGAAAUUAAUUGAAUUUCCUAGAAAUCAUAGAAAUGAAUUCAUUCGUUUCACACAUCAUGGCAAGAGUUUAUUAUUAUCGUACUGUAAUACGAUCCCUGUAUUUUGGAUGUUUGUAUAAAAUUGAAAUCCGUUAUACUUAUUGGAUAAGUCACUUGUGUAUGUACGUUAUAAAGUUGUGAUGAAAAAAAAUUGAAGAUAAAACAAUUUGAAAGAA